GAUGCUAUUGAUCAAUUAGCAAUUGAUUUAACACGUGAUCAGAAUAAUAAUAUUAAAAAAGAUCUUAAUGUAUCCUACAAUUUCAGAAUUAAAAAAUCAUUUUCAAGUAAUAAUAAUAAUACUGAAAAUAUUGAUCUUACAAAUAAUACAACUAUUUUAGAUAAUGAAAAAGAAGAGGAAGAUUAUUUUGAAGAAUCAGAUAAUAAUAUUGAUGAGAUAGUUAAUCCUAUUACAUAUCAUCGAAUUAAUAUUAAUCAACCUAUAUUUACAGAAGGAAUAAUUAAUCAG